UGGGCUGCACAGAUCUGCAGGUGCUGCCUUACCUUUUUGGGCAGGUGCAUGCAGUGUUUUGUGUACCCCUCCUGAGGCAGCCCAGGUGCUAACACUCUCCUCUCCCACCUCUGUUCUUAGUGAAGUUCAUGCGGGAAGUGACUCCCUACAUUAAGAAGCCGUCGCUGGUGUCAGACCUCCCGUGGGACGGGGCAGCUCCCCAGUCACCGAGCCUGAGUGGCAGCGAGGACUCCGGCUCCCCGAAGCACUACAAUGGCACCAAAGACAGGAAGGUGAUCCCUCUGAAAAUGUGCUUCGCCGCCAGGAACUUGAGCAUGCCGGACCUGGAGAACAGGUUGAUAGAGCUGCACUCUCCGGACAGCAGAAACACCCUGAUCCUGCGAUGCAAAGACACAGCGACAGCACACUCCUGGUUCACGGCCAUCCACACCAACAUCAUGGCCCUCCUCCCUCAGGUGCUGGCUGAACUCAAUGCCAUGCUAGGUGCCAACAAUGCCACAGGAAGUAGCAAGGAGGUCAAACACAUCGCUUGGCUGGCGGAACAGGCUAGACUAGAUGGAGGAAGGCAGCAGUGGCGGCCCAUCCUCAUGGCUAUGACAGAGAAGGACUUGCUGCUCUAUGAUUGUAUGCCCUGGACAAGAGAUGCCUGGGCAUCACCUUGCCACAGCUACCCUCUUGUUGCUACCAGGCUGGUUCACUCUGGCUCCGGGCGCAGAUCACCUUCUCCGGGAUCCGAGCUCACCUUUGCAACGAGGACAGGCUCUCGCCAGGGCAUUGAAAUGCACGUUUUCAGGGUGGAGACGCAUCGGGACCUCUCCUCCUGGACCAGGAUGCUAGUUCAGGGCUGCCAUGCUGCUGCGGAGCUGAUAAAGGAGGUGUCCGUAGGCUGCAUGUUGAAUGGCCAGGAGGUGAAGCUCACGGUCCAUUAUGAAAAUGGAUUCACUCUCUCCAGGGAGGAGGCAGGCUCCAGUCGCACCCUGUUCCUCUACCCCUUUGAGAAGCUUAGAGUGUCUGCAGAUGAUGGCAUCAGGAACCUCUACUUGGAUUUUGGUGGCCCAGAGGGGGAGCUGACCCUGGACCUGCACUCCUGUCCCAAACCCAUUGUUUUUGUGUUGCACACUUUCUUGUCAGCCAAAGUCACCCGUAUGGGACUGCUUGUGUAAGAGGUGAAGGAUCCCAACAGCUCCGAACAACACAUCUACUGUCCCAGCAGCACAAAAGACCCUAGUUUGUGGUGUCUUCCUGCAGUACCAGUGCCUUGACAAAGACUGACUCAUGCCAGAACCAAGACAGUGUGGAAGGAAGCUCCUGCCCUCCUCAGAGCCCUAGCCAGAAACUCCAGCCUCUCCACAAUCCCCUGGAAUAACUGCUCCACCUGCCUAGAAAGUCCUGAGGCCAGGCUGCUGCUGGUAGCUGAAGCGGUUCUCACAUUCUGCCUUUCCAGCCACUGCCUGGCUGCUGGCCAUUUCAGACACUCUUCUUCCUGACGCCUCUGGGAUUCGAUUGUCGCCCUGAAGACUCGACGUAAAGCCGAGCAUCCGGCACUCUUCUGUUGCAAGAAGAGCCGUUGGCAUGGGGCUGUGAGGGGGGAGCUGGUUAGGGCAGGAACUGUAAUCAAUCCGUAUGACGUCAUUUUUAUUGCUUACCAACUGUGCCUUCGGCGUAAGGUGGUGGGGCUUUACUGGAGCAGGGGAUGAGGAGACUGGGAGUUCAGCGCUGGUCGCUCUGGACAAGCGUUCCAUGAGCCCCCCCCGGCUCGUUCCAAGCUGCCUGGCCUCCCCUGGGAGAAGUGAACUGUUGCAAAGAUGGACUUGUGGCUGUGCGGCAGCUCUCAUGGGGUCAUGUAGGCGAGUCUGAGUUUGCUGAGGAUUCCUCCUGGAGGGAGGAGGACUCUUCUGGGAGCUGGUGAAUCCUGCCUCUUCCUUUUGCAGUCGAUAAAUAUUAGGGGAGGGUACGCAGUACACCCUUCACUGUGGCUUCUGACCCUAGUCACAGAGUCAGAGGAGGGGUCUCUGAAUGACUGACCCGGCUCCCUCUGUUGCCACAAAGCCACCUUCCCAGGGAUCCUUGGUAAGGAAGCGGCCUGUCCUCCUCACUAGCCAGUGGGAUGGGUAGUCAGGGAGAUUUCAGUCACUUUUCUGACUUGCUUUGGGCACCUGGAAACAUCCUAAAUACAGAGCACUUGGUGCUUUUUGCUGAUUCUUCUUACCGAGGCCCCCGAUGGUCAAAUGCAACAGGACAAAUGCCACAUGGCUGGAGCGGAGGCACCGAAAGGCCAGGUGGUUGCGUGCUCCGAGAUGAGCUGGAAUGCGAAAAGCAGCUGAUGCCCUAUAGUGAUGCACGCAGCCUCUGGGCCUGGCAACUUCCUUCUGAGACCCUAGCAGAACCCUCUCCUUCCCUAGUGCUGGGCUGCCUGUCUCCCUCAGCCUGUGCGAAGCCCCUGUGCCCAGGUGUGCGUGCUGCAGGGCGGUGGGUGACGGGCCUGGGAGACAAGGUGGAGGAGAUAGUAUCUCUUUUAUUGGACCUCCUUCUGUCGGUGAGAGGGACCAGCUUUCAAGCCCCACAGAGCUGUGCGCAUGCUGGCACAGCCUGUCCCAUUCCUAAAGAAGGUUUUCUGAAUAUCUGCAGGGCUGAGGGGGGGGCAGGGAAAUUGCAGUGCUCCCUUCACUCUGGGGGCAGAAUUUGCACACAGGGCUGUUGGAAGCCCCCUCCAGCACAUCACUGACCUCUUCCCAACGGGACUCAGGGCCCCUGGCAAUGCAGCCUGGCUCAAAACUCUGAGAAACGGAUUUCACUGCAUAACCCAGACCUUCAGCAGGGCCUGCACCCUCCAGCUCUCUUCCUAGAUUCCUGGUCUCUCUCAUGUUUGGGAAGAGCUGUACCUGGGACACCCAGAGAUGGGGGGCAGGGACUCCAGGAGCCCCACUGCGCGCACACAUCAGGUGGCUUGGACAGUCCUUUGAGGCUCUGCUUGCUUCCUUGGAGCCUCUAGCGCCUACUGUUGUGAGUGUUUGAUUCCCAGUGUACGUUGCUCAGGAUUAACUCCUGGGAUUCAGCUUCUCAAGUUACCAGUGUACUGAGCUUUGCGAGACUGGCUAGAGCCUUGUGGGACACGUACUCCAUCUGCAGACCAGUACGGUAGCCCAUUGGUACAGAUCGACAGCUUGAUGUAACUAGACUUAGGGUGAGAAUUCACAGCACAAAACGUUUGACGGUGAACCUAAGAGCAUGCCGCCUUGAGCCUGGCCUUCCCCAGAACGGGCUCGCAGUGUGUGAAGAACCGAUCCUGGAGGGCACACGUCCUUUAAGUGAGGUAUGAAGCCCAGAUUGUCCUGCCAGCGCAGCAGCCUGCUGAAACCCUAGGGAGGGAGUGUUCUUCACAGGCCCCUCACAACUACGUGGCCUAUGCCCGAUGCCUAGCAGCUCAUUUCCAAACACUGGUUUAGCAACCAGCAAAAGCCAAUCAAUUGAAACGUGUUUGUUUAAACAACAAAUCAUGCUAGGUUAUAACAUACUUAGAACAGUGUCUUAGCUGAUUGGGGUUUAUGAAGUGAGUAUAAAGUGAGUUCCCGCACAGUACUGAUUUGGAUAGGUUUGUGUUCGCCCAACAGACUGUUAUCUGGUCUGUGGACCAGUUGGAAGAGUUGUCAUUUCCACACAAGGCUGUUAAGCUCUUCAGUCUAUUUUGGCUGCUCUUAAAGUGGAUAUUUUAGCUCUAGUAUGGUUGGGGUUUGUGCCACCAGUCCAGCGAGUGCUGGAAACCACAGCGUCUGUGUGGUGAAAAAUCUACUGCAGGGAGAGUAGACUUGUUCUAAGCCUCAGUUCUUAGACAACCCAUAAAGAAAUACUCUUAACGCCACAUGGUGAUUAAGCUGUUACCAGGUUAGACUAUUUUCUUAUCUAAAUGUCCGUUUUCUUUAAUUUGCAGCUUCACCACAUUGGUGGCUGUAAAGCACUGGAAUAUUUUUACAGUUAGAGGCUAGGCCAGUUUGGUCUCUUACCAAAAGCCACAUGUCAACUUAAAUUAGAAUUCUGGACAAGGUCCCUCCUUCUCCCAGGAAAACGUGGCUUGCUAGGAACCAGGUUUACGAGGGUAAAGGUGGGGUCCAUCAGCAGGGGAAUAUUCACCCCUGUUGUACUGGAAGUGUGAGUAGUGUCAGUAUAUCACGUAAAAUGGGACAGUCUCUCCCCCCCACCCCCAUUAUUCCUUCAUUCUGCAAACUACCUAAUAAGCUGCUAUGCAAAUUGUUGUGCCCUGUCUGGUUUCAAGGGGUUAGAUAUCCCUGAGGAUUUCAGGGAACAACUUGUAGACUUAAGCACUUUCUCUGCUUUUUUAUUUUGCUCUGACACUUAAGGUUGAGUGGUUGCUAUUUUAAGGUCUGGUGGUGGUCACUGAUUGUCAGUACUGCCCAGGAUCUGUGCAAAACUUCAGUGUAAAUGCCUUGCUGUCAGGGGGGUGAACUCUUCCCAAAUCACCUGUCACUAGCAAAGCUCUGGUUGAGGUGCAACUGAAAUGUCAAGAGUAGACGCCAAAUCGAAUUGCACGUGAUGGACGUUUGGCUUAACAGGAGGUUAUUUUAACUCCUUUCGAUUGGAUUUGGAUUUCUGUGGGAGGUAGGGGAGUACUUAGUACUGCCUUGUCAUAACCGCCCACUACAAGCUGAGCUGGCACCCCUUGUGCACGGCCAGCUGGAAUGAAGUACAGUAUGGUCUGUCUUCCCCUUUGCAUCAGACGUGGUAUAGUUAAUGUGCAGAAAGUUUCAGGCUGGCAGCAUGAGCCUGUCUCCCAACCGACCCAGGUUCCUUCCCAGGCUUCGCUGUGUUAGGAAUUACAUUCUGUCCUGUUUAAGCAAUCACUUUUGAGCCUUUUGCCACAAAGUCUGAAUUCGAUCCUGACUUGCUUCACCAGUGAAGCCCCUGAGAUCUCAGCCUACUCCCCAGAGAACCUGUGUCCAAACCAGACCAAUCUUCUCAUUCGCGUGAGCGUCAGUGUUCACUGAUUGGAGGCUCAGGUCUGUUGUGGAUCAGAGGUACUUGGGGAAACUUGCCAGUUUGCACUCUGCCUAGUUCUCCCCAGGGCUGUCUUCCAUUCAUGCCAAAUAUCUGCCCUGUUACAGAAUGCUGCAUGCUCUCCUGGAACGCUGCGAGCCAUCGCUUACUCUGGAAGCUUGGGUCCUCUUAGCUUUUAAGGUUUUUAAUGUUGGUAUUAAAGCCUUUCUGCAGACUGAAUUUCUGAUGCUCAGGCCCCCACUGUGUCCCAGCUCCUCCCCAGAAGUGUUGAGGUACCAGAUUUAUCUGCAGUACAUACACUAUGUGCCUCACCUGGCCUCAUUUGUUUCUGGUGGCAGCAGGCGCUCCCCUUCCCAGAGCCUGCGUAGAGACUUUGGGAAAUGUACAAACUCCUGGGAGCUUGCCCUGUCUUCCCUGUAAGUGGGGGAAAGGGCUCCGGAAUGUCUGCGAGAGAGUGCUUCUGCUCCCUCCCACAUCUAUGCAAACCUCGGGAUUUUGAGUGAGGCGAUAUGUUGGAAAGCUAGAAAAUGCCCCAUGUGGCGCUCUGGCUCGGCAGCUGGAGAGCUGUUACAGCAUUCCAUGUGGAAGAUACACCACUGAGAGGCAUCCCAGGUUAUCCUUGGAAACCAGAGGGAGGAGAGGAGAAUAUCUAUGCCGAGCUUGUGUUUUCUGUCCAGAAUAAGAGCAGGCAAGUGUCUUAAAUAUGGGGGCGGGGGGGGGGCUGUAAUUAAACUAGUGAACGGUGUUUACAAAACCUUACAUAAGCUGCAUAGAUUUUAAAAGCUAUCUAGUCAAUCAAUUCCUCCUACCAACUCCUCUUCAAACAGCACUUGUGGGAUCGACUCCCAGAGUUAACUCUGCAAAAUCUUUGCAGAUUCUUGUGCUUUCCCCAAUACAAUAUUUCUAUGCCUGUGGCUAAUUCCACAACUGAAAGCAGACAUGGCACGCAUGGCUUCAUUUGUCACGAAAGAGGUGCCCGGGCUCAAGCAAUUUUUUUACUUUCCUAACUGACACGCCAAGCCCAAAGGUGCCGGGGCUGAGCCUGGCGGAAAUGAAGCACUGCUUGCAUGUAGAAACCAGGCUACACUUUUCUUUAAAAGGAGGCCAGUAGCCUCCUCGCGUUAGAUAAUCAGCAAUAAAGAAAAUGGAUGUGAGACUAGUAAAAGCAAAUGAAUCUUUGGCUGUGAAUCCGACUCCCGGAGUGCAUGUGCUUCGUGGGAGCCACGUGGCCAGAGCAGCCUGAAGCACCAUGGUUGCCGUAAGGCUAAGUAACCGUUCUCUACAACCAGCCCACCUCUGCCUUUGGCCUUUAUGCUGCCAGGAUUUUGCUACAUGCGUUAAUUCUGUUUCUGCUGCUGAUCUUGCAGCCUCCUGGCCUGCAAUACAGUACAUCAAAACCUUGAUUGCACUUUCAUGUUCUAGAAUUUGGGAGAACUACAGGGCUAGUUCUGCCUGGUUUUAAAAAUAAAUUCAUUUGCAGUGACAUCUCUUCUCUGCUGAAGAAAAUUAAAAAAAAAAAAAUCCCCUUGGCACAUCAAUGUUUGUGGUGCUCCAUUUUCCUUUUAGCAUAUCUGCCUGUCUGGGAUCAGCCAGUGUAGGGGAUCUCACUACAGUGAAUCAGUGAUAAGUUUACAAUUUGGGUCAAUAGAGCAUUACAAGCCGCAGGUGCUAGAGACAAGAACCCUGUAGGUAUAACUGACCCCAGGUCAUCUGAAGAAUAACUUGCACCGAACCACUACAAAUAAACUGUUUUUUAACCUGUGCAAACUCUAUGCUGUUUGAUAUGAUAUAAUCAAGGCACAGACUGUAACACUCCCAUGAAAAAAAUAAAAUAAGAUGCAAUCAAUUCUAUUUUUGUAUUCUUUGUAGUUCACUAUUUAUACAAUUCUUCCUUUUUUGAGGUUUUUAAUCUCUAGCUUUUGGAACUUCCAGGUUACCAAAUCCAAAUAACCCAAGUGGUGACAAGCAGGGGAGUUUGUGUAUUUCACAAUCACAUUAAAGCUUUAUGUGUACUCUAUAAAUAUAGAUGCAUAGACAACCUAUUGUCCCUUGAGUUGCAUGUUAACUGUAUAGUAUUGUACAUUACAAUGAAAAUGUAACUGAAGGGCAAGUAUAACCUUUAUACUGUAAAUAACAAUAAAGGCU